CCCAAAAUUCAUCUGCUAAAAGUUGCGUCUGUAUGAGCCGUCUCUGAGUCUUAUUAUUUUUCUCACUUGGCAGAGUUGUUUUCUCAGAUCUUCUUCUGUGAAUCGAGUAAAUUUCUUAAAACACGUUCUUGGCCAUGGAAUUGAGACCAAAAAUGGAUUGGUUAGGCAACAUCAUUUCAGAUGAUGAAAGUUCUCUUCCUGCAGAGGAGGAGAAGAAGGAGGAGGACGACGAUAGAUAUGAAUUAUUGGGAGAGAACUUUGAAACCUUCCGCAAGCGUUUGAAAUUUUUGAAUCGGUACCGCCCAGACCUCCUGUACCAGGAGAUUUUCAGGUCUAAGAACCCUGACAAGUAUACCAAGGAGUUGAGGAAGCAACAUCAGGCUAAACUUUCACGCACAUUACACAGACGCACGUAUGAGAGGUUGGGUGUCAAAAAGCGUUUAUACGACGUUAAGAUGUACGAAGAACUCUCCCGAAAAGGAGCCGAAACCACUUCGGAUUCGCUUGAAAUAUUAAAAGGAAAACUCCCCCGUGUACGGUUAUCUAAUUUGUCAAUCUAUCCAGCAGUGGUGAUAGGAACCCGUAGGGAGAUGAUUGGCACCCUUGAAGCAUAUUUGAACGGUUUCCGUUUUUCACCUUUCCAGAUAGAUAUCAUGUACAGUAAUGUAAAACAUGCUUUCUUUCAAGAUGGAGAAGAAAAUAAAGCUGGAGAUGAGACCAUAUCCCCGCUCUUGCACUUGCACUUGCACAACCCAAUCAAGGUGGGGACCAAGAUGGUAAACGAUAUCCAGUUCCGUAUUGUGCAUACCUCGAGGGGAAUGAAGAGAUCUGCUCAUUGUUCAUGUAAGUUUGAGGAUCUUAAUCGAGUUAUGCGCAACUUUCUCGCUGAAGUUGGUUGUAUUUGGAGACAGUUUCCUUACCUUUCAUGGACAGAGGUCCAGAGGGUGCAUGGAUUUAAGGGGGAACUUCCCCUGAAAGAACCGCGUGUAUUUUGCCUGACUGGAUAUUGCGUAGUUGAUCUCGUAAAAGCACCUUUCCUUAUUGUCACACUAGAAGAGGUCGAGAUUGCUAGUUUGGUGCUAGUUAAACCUGAGAUGACGGUGUUUAACAUGACAUUCGUGUUCAAGGACUUCGAGCUCGAUGUGCUUCAGAUAUACUCAAUUCCUGGAGUGAAACUCGAUCGCAUCAAACAGUUGCUUGAUAUCAGACGUGUCAAGUACUACGAGAACGAUAAUCUUGAUUGGAGUACUGCACAGUGGAAAUCCAAGUUGGAGACAAUAAGACUUCACCCAAAGACGUUCAUGGAGGAGGGCGGAUGGGAUAAAUUCAACUCAGAGGAGACUGCUGCUGUUUACUCUGACAGCUCAGCAGCGAGUAUUGAGAAUUACUCCUCAGGGCUGGAUUACGACUCUGACGAGCAAUCAUCUCAUAGAGAUCAGAAGUUGGAGCCACCUGCAGAAUUGAAAGAGCAGAAUACUUACUACGCCAAUGACACACCUGGUCAAGUGUCUAGUUCUGGCCGUAAGAAGAGAGAAAAGAAUAAAAUCCCUUCAACUCGGGUAUACUUACUACGCAGACAGCGGGGUGGUGGUGUCGGGAUUGUAAAGAGUAGAGUUUGAUUGCGAAGUUGGUACAAAGGACUUUGAAGUCCUUCAAUGGUGUUGGUGCUGAAUCUGUAGCUGCAGGGUCCAAAGUCCUUCAGGCAUCUUUUCCCCUUUUGGUGUUCUCAGUCACAGCCAUGUGAUGUUCUUUUGGUUUCUGACUGUCAAGUUGGAGUUAAAUUUAUUACUAGGGUUUCUUUCUAUAUUGGAAGCAUGCUCUUAGUCAUCUUAACAGCUAUGCUGAUAAGAUGGUUGCUUUUGCUAGGUAGGUUGCAGUCUGUAUAAUCAUCCUACUCACCAGUGUCCUCUUUUUUUGUUGCUGAUGUAAGGCUAGGCGAUCUUAAAACGUAUAGUAUGAAACUUAGUCUGCUUAAUUAAUUUAAGUUUCUUUUUUCAACAAAAUAGGUUAUAUGUUCAGAGGGCACUUUUUAUCACUUAGCUUGCAGCAUUUAGAAUGGUGACAGAGUUCUCCAUCGACGCAGUGUACCCUUGUAGUAAGAUUUUUGUCAAGGUACUCGUUAAUAGCUAAAUGGAUAUUGUUUUAGUAAAAAGCAACCUCAUAUGAAGCUAG